GCAGGGCUUCAUCGUCAUCGUCAUCGUCAUCAUCAUCUCUGCGUUGGGCGGGCAGUGUGUGUGCUACUUGACUGGUGCUUUGGCAGCUGUGCACGUGGACUUCAAGGCAACUCUAUUGGCUUGAUUGGAGCGCGCUUGACUGUGAUCGAAUUUACGCCGCCGUCAAUAGCUCCGUUUGCAAAACAUCGCCAUGGCGUUGAAGCGUUCGGAAUCUCUCAACAGCGUGACCUCGUACUCGCACGAGCAAGGCGAUGCAGCGCUCACCCUCUCGGCGGAGCUCUCCAAGCUCAUCAUGACCGCUCCCCUCAACCUCCGCGACGAGGUCGAGCGCAACUGCAAGGGCUUCCAAACCCUCUUUGAUCAGUACAUGGGCGAGCGCGGCACCAAGAUCAGCUGGGACAAGAUCCGCCCGCCGCCGGCUGGCUCUAUUGUGCCACAUGCAACAGUGGCUGCCGGGGAACCCAAGGCGGCCAGUGAACUGAGCGUGCCUUUGUCCAAGCUGGCCGUUCUCAAGCUCAACGGUGGUCUCGGCACCUCCAUGGGCUGUGUUGGCCCCAAGAGCGUCAUCUCGGUCCGCAACGAUCUCACCUUUCUGGACCUUUGCGUUCGCCAGAUCGAGCAUCUCAACGACAGCUACGGCACCACCGUGCCCUUGGUGCUGAUGAACUCCUUCAACACCCACGAUGAUACCCAAAAGGUUCUUCGCAAGUACAAAAAGACCGAGGUCAAGGUCUUCAACCAAAGCCAGUACCCCCGUAUCCUCAAGGAAACCCUGCAGCCCCUCCCCAAGAACACGGACAACAGCGAUGAGGACUGGUAUCCCCCAGGCCACGGCGAUCUGUACCGUUCAUUCUACGACUCUGGUCUGCUCCAGGAGCUGCUGGAUGACGGCAAGGAAUGGGUCUUCAUCAGCAACAUUGACAACCUUGGCGCCACAGUGGAUGAGGAUAUUCUCCGCUACGUUACCCGCCCUGGCAACGACUGCGAGUUUGUCAUGGAAGUCACAGACAAGACACGCGCUGAUGUCAAGGGUGGUACCCUCAUUGAGUACGAGGGCCGCAUUCGCCUCCUCGAGGUGGCACAGGUGCCCAAGGAUCACGAAGAGGACUUCAAGUCGGUCACCAAGUUCCGCGUGUUCAACACCAACAACCUCUGGAUCAACCUGCACGCCAUCAAGCGCCUCGUGGAAGAGGAGUCCCUGCACAUGGAGGUCAUUGAGAACAAAAAGACGCUCGAUGACGGCCGUGUCAUCAUUCAACUGGAGCAAGCCGUCGGUUCGGCCAUCAAGAACUUCAACGGUGCCAUUGGCAUCAACGUGCCUCGCAGCCGCUUUUUGCCCGUGAAAAAGACCUCCGACCUGCUCCUCGUCAUGAGCAAUCUCUACCAGCUGCGCCACGGCACCUUGUCCAUGAACGCUUCGCGCCUGUUUGACUCGGUGCCUCUGAUCAAGCUGGGUGACCACUUCAAAAAGGUCAAGGAUUUUUUGCGUCGCUUUGAGAACAUUCCCGACAUUCUGGAGCUGGAUCACUUGACCGUGAGCGGUGACGUCAAAUUUGGCAAGAAUGUGAUCCUGCGGGGCACUGUCAUUAUCAUUGCGCAGGAGAACGACUCGAUCGACAUUCCCCAGGGCUCCGUUCUCGAAAACAAGAUUGUGACUGGCAACCUCCGAAUCCUCGACCAUUAGUGACGCCCGCCACACUGAACGCUUGCCCAACGCACCUAUGUGCUGCGUCUAGAGUGGCCGAGCUUGCUUGCGUGUACCCCCUGACUUUUUUUUACAAGCUUUUGCGGAUUUUUUUCAACUCCCAAGUUUUGUGUCUCUGUCCUUCUGUUCUGUCUCCCUCUUCACCUUUGUACACUUGAUUCCUCGUCUGCCAAAGCCAGCUGACUGACUAAUUCAAACAGCCACCGUC